GACAGGCCUAAAUAAGGACACUGAUAUAUAUAUAUAUUCACACACUAAAAAGUGAGUAAAUAAUAGAACCAAUGCUUGCUCUCUCAUCGUUUCACGUGAUUGGAUGUUCAUUGGAAACGUCACACUUUUUUGCCCGCGUCGCCUCAGGUCCUGGAGAGAAGAGGAACGUCACAGGAUCGAAAUAGGUGCUGAAAUUGAAUAUAAAUACGGAACUUUACAAAACUGCUGAAUAAAGUCGAAAUCUUUAUUUUUCCUCUCGAAAGCAAGUCUAAACACAUUGCGCAUGUGUUUUAAUAUAUUUUUUUUAUCCGUGAGACUAAUCUGCUUUGCUGGAUCGAAUGUUUUGCUUGUUACCAUAGCAACUGCUCGGCUUUUAUCCGUUCUUUUUUGAGUUCAUUGCUCAUUUCUUGUUUAAGUCAGGUAACGAACGAUGGCCAGCGGAUCAAAAUAUAAGGAGCCCAGAGUCAAUCACUACAGAACCGAGACACAACAGUUAAUACAAAUGAUGAUGCAGGAGUCUCGUCUAACAGACUUUCAGCAGAGGCAGAUCAAUAAUAAGCUGAAAAAUGGCGGCGCUCUUCCACUAACAUUUAAUCCCAGGCCGCUUGAGUCCAGUGUGCGGUCAGAGCCCACGCUCUCUAAAGGGCCCGCUCUGAUUGGUCACCAGCACAGACGAAGCGCGGAAAGAUGCCGCGCUGGAGAUAACUACAAACGAGAGAGCUUCAAGCCCAGAGCAAUACGAGAUCUAGAGAAAGAGAAGAGACAGCUACAAAAUAUUUUUUCUACUGGUCAAAAGGAUGUGAAGCCAACUUAUUCCCAAAGAGAUUCCACAGAGAGAAGAGAGCGACGGAUAGAUCGAUUCCAAGAGGUUCUGGAUGAGAUUGAGGAGAGGAGGAAGUUUUUAGAGGACAUGAUGGCGUUGGGAAAAGGUCACCAAUACCAGCACCUCAUCAACACAGAGAUAUCCCAGAAAAUCCGUGAACUUGAAGAUAUUGACAGGAAACGCAGCGAAGAGCUAAGCACCCUCAAGCUAGGCGGUGAAAAGGAACAGAGCAAAGAGAGGGAAAGACAAGUCUCAAACCAAUUUUCUGGAGCAGUCAGAGUUGCCGACUUCUGCAUCAGCGCUGAAACUAUAUAGUGCACUUACGUGUAGACCAGUUCAGCCUCUCUCCG